AAAGACACUCUUUGAGGAGCGGCACGGGACAGAUCCGCAAGUGCUACCGACCCUUACCCAGCUAGUGUCGCUACUAGAUGAACAAUGCCGGGUGCAGCAGGCGAUCUCCCCUGCAGCAGUGGAACGAACUCCUGCGGCACGCCGGUCACCCACUGCUAGAGGUCGAGGCGGCGCAGCGCCGGCUCACCACCUGGCAGCCCCCCGGGUCCUGGCAGCACAACCGGAACCCAAUGAUCAGGUGAAUCGUUCAUUUGCAACUUGCUCUUAUUGCUCGAGCAGUGCUCACACCCUGUACAAAUGCCCCGCUUUCCUGGGACUGCCACCCUCGAAGCGCAGAACCUGGGCUAGAGAUACAGGGGCCUGCUUCAAAUGUCUCCGCGCUCAUUAUGCUAGAGAAUGUAUGUCGCGCAAUUGGUGCGCGGCAUGCCAAUCAUCAGUGCAUAAUUCGUUGUUAUGCUCGGCUGUGGCAGGCAUGUCGGUUGAGGAACCAGCAGCUGCAAAGGCUGUGCAUCGAGUGCAAGAUCAGCCACCGGCUCAGUCAGCCUCGUGGAGGCGAUCACCACCGCAGCGGCGGUCACCACCUCGACCGGCCCCGCCACAGGAGAGAGGGCCGCAGCAGGCCCACUCAUCACAAUCAUGCUCACCACUACCGUGGGGUGUGGAGGAAGCUAGGACUCCCUCCCUAUCAAACCAGACACCUCUUUUGGUGGCUGCUGGUCACGUUCCACGCCUGCCGGUUGGAGCGAGGGCCCGCCAGGCGCAGGAGACCUUCCACUCCUUGCGCUUUGGCACUCGACGCAGCCCUGAGCCCCGGCAAUGAAAUGAUCUCACUGUUGGUGAACCAGAGGCACGGUGGAUGACGCCAUCCAUCCGUGUCAGUCCUACAGCCAUUGUUCUUGUUAGAUCAGGUGUGGAGGCCUAUGGAACGUGCUUUGGCCAUGUACUGAUGGGUGCUUUGUGGAAGCAUCCCGCUGACAUCUCAACGAAGCAGCUGAGAGGGACGUCCGUAGAGGACUAUGGAGUCCAUGCGACACGCCUCGAGGAGGUACUUGAGAAGUUCUGGAAGGUCGAGCAGCCUCCAGAGGAUCCGGUGGAGCAUCCGGAGCAUGUCGAAUGUGAAAGGUUGUAUACCUCCAAUACUACACGUAUGCCUGACGGCAAAUACAUGGUACGGCUGCCCUUAUUGACAGACAGACCCGCACUCGGUGAGUCGAGGGCCAUUGCCGCACGCAGGUUUUAUUCAUUAGAGGCGAAGCUAGCCAAGAAUCCAGUCUUUGCUGAGAAAUACAGGGAUUUCAUGCGAGAAUAUGAGUCAUUAGGACAUAUGUCGAAAUCAAACUAUCAAUUUGAUUCAGAACACUUUAUAAUUCCACAUCAUGGUAUUUUUAAGAGGGAUUCUGAUAAGCUCAGAGUGGUAUUCAAUGGGGCAUCUCAAAGUAGCAAUGGAAUAUCUGUAAAUCAGUGUCUUCACUCAGGAAAGCCGCUCCAGAAUGAUAUUACCAAGAUAUUGUUGAAUUUCAGACGACACCAGUUUGUCUUCACGGCCGACAUCCGCAUGAUGUUCAGGCAGACGUGGAUACACCCCGACGAUAGGCGCUAUCAGCUGAUCCUGUGGCGUGAGGAUCCGUCGCAGGACCUACAGGUAUAUGAGUUAAAUACUAAUACCUACGGGCUACGGUCAAGCCCCUUUGUCGCAAUAAGGACGCUAAUACAAUUAGCCAAUGAUUGGCAAGCUCAGCAUCCAGGCUCCCCAGCUGCAGACGUCGUGCGACGGCAGGUAUAUGUUGAUGACGUACUGGCGGGAGCAGAGUCAAUUGCGGAGGCCCAGCAGCUAAAAUCGGAGCUCACAGAUCUCAUGAGCAGUGCUGGGUAUGAACUUAGAAAAUGGUCGUCCAACUGUCGCGAGUUACUGCAGGACCUACCACAGGAAUAUUGUGAGAUACCUCAUCAAUUCGACGCAGAAGAUAAGAGCCUCAUAAAGGUAUUAGGCAUCCAAUGGAACCCGAUAAACGACACAAUGUCAUAUCAAAUCAACGUACCCCUAGGGCAAGCGAUAACCAAGCGAAGCGUGUUAAGUACUAUCGCUCGAUUAUAUGAUCCUUGCGGAUACUGUGCUCCCAUCGUCUACAGAUUCAAACUGUUUAUGCAAUCACUUUUUUCAGAUGGAAUGACGUGGGAUGAACCCCUCACGGAGGUUCAAGAAAGUCAAUGGAACGAAAUGGUUCAGGAUUUAAACCAUUUGUCUCACUUACAGAUCUCUCGAUGCGUCGCGCUACCGGGAUCGGUAUCAUAUUCACUCCACGGUUUUGGAGAUGCGUCUGAGAUGGGCUACGGAGCGUGCGUAUACCUCCGGACAGCAGACGCCGCUGGAAACGUCAUGGUACCAAGGCAGUGCAUCUAGAGCUCGUCUCGUCGCUGAGCACCGAGGCUUUCAUCGCUGCGUUCACACGGUUUGUCAGUCGACGAGGGCUGCCCUCCCUCGUCCGUAGUGAUCAAGGUACGAAUUUUAAAGGUGCUAGCUCAUACCUCCGUGAGGUUAAUCAGUUCUUACUUGACCAUGAAACCGUCCUGGCGGAUGAGUUUCGUCGUCAAGACGUGCGCUGGGAAUUCAACCCUCCAGGCGCUGCCCACAUGUCUGGAUUAGUCGAAGCGGCCGUAAAGAGUAGUAAGAAUCUGCUUAAACGGGAAAUAGGAGAUCGGAUCCUAACCUUUGAAUUACUGUAUACGGCCUUCUGUCGGAUAGAAGCGGUUCUUAAUUCUCGAGCGCUGGUUCCAAUGUCAGAGGAUCCUUGUGACCUGGAAAUUCUCAGUCCAGGUCAUUUUUUGAUUGGUCAGCCGUUAGUUUCAUUACCUGAACCUUCAUGGAAGGACACAAAUAUGUCACGGUUAUCACAUUUCCAAUUUGUACAAGCUAUAACUCAGAAAUUUUGGGCUAAAUAUUAUUUUGAGUAUUUGAACAAUUUACAAUCACGUAAUAAAUGGAAUAGGCAUGUACCUAAUGUUGCAAUUAAUGAUUUAGUCCUAAUUAAAGAUGACAAUACGCCACCUCUACAAUGGCGUAGGGGUAGAAUAAUACAAAUAUUCAAAGGAUCCGACGAUGUUGUCAGAUCGGUAAAAUUAAAAACUCAGGGAGGCGAACUCGUUCGUCCUGUUGUUAAAUUAUGUAAAUUGCCCAUGGAACUGUAAUUAAUCAUAAGGAGUAAUUCAUUAUAAAUGUAAAUUGAAAUAUUGCUACUAACGUAUGUCUGUUUGAGUUCCACCAGGGAACCAUUGUAACUAACAACCUAGUAAAUAGUUUACCUUAAGUUUAAUUUCACUGAUGUAAAAAUUGUGUGAAGACGUAUCUAAUGGUCACAGAUCACUUCUUGCUAGAUGCCACAUGUAGUAUUUGUAUCUGAAUUUUUAAUUUGUUUGUUUUGUUCACUUGAUCUCUAGAACGAGACAAUUGAACAGCUUCAAGUCUUCAGGUCAAUCUCCCCCCUGGGGGCCCCAGGAUGUUCAUGCAAUUCGAAGCGCAAUGGCGUUCCGCGCGCCAUCUAGCGAGGCUAGUUGUAACUACGACGUAUCGAGCGACAUCAUUGGUCGUGAUUCAGUAUUGGCUAAUAUAGCAGUGAGUGCUGCCUCUCGCGGCGAGAGUUGAAGUUUGGAGUUGACCUGUGAGCUUGUAAGAACAAGCACGGUAAAAAUGCGUUGAGAACGAUUUGUAUAAGUUUGCUGUUUUUGUAUCGCGACGCGCGUUAAAAUAGUGUCUAAGGUGUAACUCGUUGCAUUAAAAUAAGUGUUAGUUGA